AUGAGAAAACAAAUAGGUGACUCAUCUGUCUCAAAAAGAACUGCCGACGAGCAUGCAAACUCCAACAAAGAAGUUCCAGAUUUGAAAGCAUCAAACAACUUUUCUCGAGCUGAUGUGAAUUGCGAAUGUCUUCAAAAUACUCACUCAAUGGAAGUUGGUUCUCAUGCUAAUAGCUGCAUAAAUUUAAUAUACGAAGAAAUUUCAUUAAACUCAACUCGUGAAGGAGAUAUUAAUCACCAACAAUUAGAUGACGGAAAGGUGGAUGAUGACGAAACUUCAGCAAACAACUUUUUAUGUGAAUAUGUAGAAAAGCAACAGAAGUUGAUCCACAAAUUGAUGGACCAAGAAGUUUCGUACAAGAAAAAGAUGAAGUCCUAUGCGAACCAGUACUCCAAACCUUACAAGAAACUGCUUCCUGACGUUGUGCAUAGAAGAAUAUUUCAAAAUAUAUCCAAUUUCCCUACCAUGUCAGAACAUUUUCUGAAAAAUAUGGAGAGCACUUUACAUUCGAAUACCCGUUGCUUGAUGAGUAUCUUAGAAAACUUUGAAGAAAUGGUCUCAAUCGGGGCAGAAAUUUACGACAAGUACACAUUAGGUUACGAGGAGGCAAAAAAAGUUUUGAAGCAACUGUUCAAGUUCCAAAUUGAUGGAAUAUCAGAAAACUGUUACGUGAAAAUGCUGGACAGUGGAAAAAACAGGGAGCACAUCAAACGAUAUAUCACCUUACCUAUCCAGCAUUGGUCCAGCUGGAAGAAAAACUUGUCGGUGUUUCAAAAGACUCUACACAAAAGUUCCUCUCAUGACGUCAAAUUUGAUGACAUCAUCAAAACUGUGAAGAAAUCAACAAGCGUUAAGAAAUCAAGAAGGAAAUCUAUUUUUGCAUUUCGGCAGAUGUGA